CCUCAACGGCAUAGAUGCAAUUAUGAGAAAUUCGGAAAAUAAAGGUUUUAGGGAGCCUGUUCGCGCUCCUCCUCUUCCUCCAGACCUGCAACUCCGCUUUCUCUCCCAGCCUUCACAACACCGCCGCCGCCGCCGCCGCUGCCGCUUCCCAAGAUUCAAAUUCAAUGGAGAGUGACAGACCCGAUGGGAGGAGUCCCAAUCAACUAAGGCCCUUGGCAUGCUCUCGUUCGGUCCUUCACAGAGCCCAUGGUUCAGCCACCUGGUCUCAAGGAGAAACCAAAGUCUUUGCUGCAGUUUACGGACCCAAAGCCGGAACCAAGAAGAAUGAAAACCCUGAAAAAGCUUCCAUUGAAGUUAUUUGGAAGCCUAACACAGGACAGAUUGGUCAAGUGGAGAAGGAGUAUGAGAUGAUAUUGAAGAGAACCUUGGAAAGCAUAUGCAUUCGAAGCAUAUAUCCCAACACCACCACUUCCGUUAUAGUCCAGGUUGUCCAUGAUGAUGGUGCUCUUCUUCCGUGCGCGAUAAAUGCAGCAUGCGCUGCACUUGUUGAUGCUGGAAUCCCCCUAAAACAUCUUGCUGUUGCAAUAUGUUGUUCGGUAGCCGAUAAUAGUUGUAUUAUACUCGACCCAACUAAACAAGAAGAGGAAACAGCGACAGCAUUCGCCUAUUUAGUUUUUCCAAACACAAAUGUUUCAGUCCUACCAGAGGGAUCAUCACAGGGGGGCAGCGAGCCCAUGGCACAUGGAAUCAUCACAUCUGUUACACAGGGUGCUAUGUCAGUGGAUGACUAUCUUCGUUGCCUAGAACGAGGGCGUGCUACUAGUGAAAGGUUGUCUGAAUUUUUGAGGAAGAACAUUGAGCCAAAAUCUACAAGUGAGGCAUCUAAAGCUGGGUGAUUUCCAAUAAUUUUAGAUGUAGUUUUACUUGUAUCUAAUUUUUCCCUGGUAAAGGGAUUGCAGCAUGGGAUUUCUAACUAGGACAGUUGUGUUAACGUCUUCCUUGAAAUUACUAUUGUAAUGAUUAGGAUAAGAUUUAAUGUAUCUGAUAUUCUGGUUGAAAAAUUGCCAAUGCCAAAGUGGUAUUUCAUGGUA